UCUGGGCACAGCAGGAGGAACACCAUGAGCCUCAGUGAGGAACAAGUACGCAGCUUCCUGGAUGGGAACCCCACCUUUGCCCACCAAUACUUUGAGAAGAAGCUGAGCCCUGAAAAUGUGGCAGGGGCCUGUGAAGGUGGUUACCUGGUGGACUGUGGCAGCCUGCGAGAGCUGUGCCAGGUGGAAGAGAGUGCAGCGCUGUUUGAACUGGUGCAGGACAUGCAAGAGAGCGUCAACAUGGAACGCGUGGUCUUCAAGGUUCUGCGGCGCCUCUGCACCAUCCUGCAUGCUGACCGCUGCAGCCUCUUUAUGUACCGCCAGCGCAAUGGCGUAGCUGAACUUGCUACUCGGCUCUUCAGUGUGCAGCCCGACAGUCUCCUGGAGGAUUGCCUGGUGCCCCCUGACUCUGAGAUCGUCUUCCCUCUGGACAUUGGGAUUGUGGGUCAUGUGGCUCAGACCAAGAAGAUGAUAAACGUACAAGAUGUGGCAGAGUGUCCUCACUUCAGCCCAUUUGCCGAUGAGCUCACCGACUACGUGACAAAGAACAUUCUGUCCACGCCAAUCAUGAAUGGCAAAGAUGUUGUGGCUGUGAUCAUGGCAGUGAAUAAACUGGAUGGUCCAUGCUUCACAAGUGAAGACGAAGAUGUUUUCACAAAGUACCUGAAUUUUGCUACAUUAAACCUGAAGAUCUAUCACCUAAGCUACCUCCACAACUGUGAGACACGCAGAGGCCAGGUGCUUCUCUGGUCAGCCAAUAAGGUAUUUGAAGAACUGACAGACAUUGAAAGACAGUUCCACAAGGCCUUCUACACUGUCCGGGCCUAUCUAAACUGUGACCGGUACUCAGUGGGCCUCCUGGACAUGACCAAGGAGAAGGAAUUCUUUGAUGUGUGGCCUGUGCUGAUGGGGGAAGCCCAGCCAUACUCGGGCCCACGAACACCUGAUGGCCGGGAAAUUGUCUUCUACAAAGUCAUUGAUUAUAUCCUCCAUGGCAAAGAAGACAUCAAAGUCAUUCCCACACCUCCAGCUGAUCACUGGGCCUUGACCAGUGGCCUUCCCACCUAUGUGGCAGAAAGUGGCUUUAUCUGUAACAUCAUGAACGCUUCAGCUGAUGAAAUGUUCAACUUUCAGGAAGGGCCCCUGGAUGAGUCAGGGUGGGUGAUCAAGAAUGUUCUCUCCAUGCCCAUUGUCAACAAGAAGGAGGAGAUUGUGGGGGUGGCCACCUUCUACAACAGGAAAGAUGGAAAGCCCUUCGAUGAUCAAGAUGAAGUCCUUAUGGAGUCUCUGACACAGUUCCUGGGAUGGUCAGUGCUGAACACAGACACCUAUGACAAGAUGAACAAGCUGGAGAACCGUAAGGACAUCGCCCAGGACAUGGUUCUGUACCAUGUGAGAUGCGACAAGGAUGAAAUCCAGGAAAUCUUGCCAACAAGGGAUCGCCUGGGGAAGGAGCCUGCUGACUGUGAGGAGGAUGAGCUGGGGAAAAUCUUGAAGGAGGAGCUUCCGGGGCCUACCAAGUUUGACAUCUAUGAGUUCCACUUCUCUGAUCUGGAGUGCACCGAGCUGGAGCUAGUCAAAUGUGGCAUCCAGAUGUACUACGAGCUGGGUGUAGUCCGAAAGUUCCAGAUUCCCCAGGAGGUCCUUGUGCGCUUCCUAUUCUCUGUCAGCAAAGCCUACCGAAGAAUCACCUACCACAACUGGCGCCAUGGCUUCAAUGUGGCCCAGACCAUGUUUACCCUACUCAUGACGGGCAAACUGAAGAGCUAUUACACAGACCUAGAGGCCUUCGCCAUGGUUACAGCUGGCCUGUGCCACGACAUCGACCACCGUGGCACCAACAACCUGUACCAGAUGAAAUCUCAGAAUCCUCUAGCCAAACUACAUGGCUCCUCAAUUCUGGAAAGGCACCACUUGGAGUUUGGGAAGUUUCUGUUGGCAGAGGAGAGCCUGAACAUCUACCAGAACCUGAACCGGCGGCAGCAUGAACAUGUGAUCCACCUCAUGGACAUCGCCAUCAUUGCCACUGACCUGGCCCUCUACUUCAAGAAGAGAACCAUGUUCCAGAAGAUUGUGGAUGAAUCUAAGAACUAUGAAGAUAAGAAGAGCUGGGUUGAGUACUUGUCCCUAGAGACCACACGAAAGGAGAUUGUCAUGGCCAUGAUGAUGACUGCAUGUGACCUGUCUGCUAUCACCAAGCCCUGGGAAGUCCAGAGCAAGGUUGCUCUUCUGGUGGCUGCUGAGUUCUGGGAACAGGGGGACUUGGAGAGGACUGUCCUGGAUCAACAGCCCAUUCCCAUGAUGGACCGGAACAAAGCAGCUGAGCUCCCCAAGCUACAAGUUGGCUUCAUCGACUUCGUAUGUACUUUUGUGUACAAGGAAUUUUCUCGAUUUCACGAAGAGAUCCUGCCCAUGUUUGACCGACUGCAAAAUAACAGAAAGGAGUGGAAAGCUCUAGCUGAUGAGUAUGAGGCCAAAGUCAAGGCACUGGAGGAAGAAAAGAAGAAGGAAGAAGACAGAGUAGCAGCCAAGAAAGCGGGCACAGAAAUUUGCAAUGGUGGUCCAGCACCCAAGUCCUCGACCUGCUGUAUUCUAUAAGCCCUAUCUCAUGGCUUUGGGUCCCUCCUGCCACUCACCCACUGGGUAUGGACUCUGCCUAUAGCAGUUUGGUGUAAGAUAUUAGGAACAGGGGGGGAAAAAGAUCAAACUUUGGAUGUUUUGAAACUUUAAAGGUGUUUUUACAAAUUAAAACCAACUAUGAAUAAGUUAAA